AUCGUUUGAAAAGGGGAUUCUUCGGCCAUGAUGUAGCAAAAAGCACGGUUGAUAAACGUAGUCCUGUGGACUGGUGGUGUCAAUAUGGGGAUCAAACACCUGAAUUAAUGGCUUUUGCUGUGAGGGUGUUGAGUCUUACGUGUUCAUCGUCUGCUUGUGAGCGCAAUUGGAGCACGUUUAAUCAGAUACAUACCAAGAGAAUGAACCGUUUGCAUACACAUAAUUUGAACAAGUUGGUGUUGUGAUGUAUAACAAGAGACUAAAGACAAAGUGGAUGAGAAAAACAUCACUUAAAGAAGACAUUGAUCCUUUAGUGAUGGAUGAGAUUCUAUCAUAUGACGAAUGGGUGAUUGAUGAAGAUGAGACAAAUCCUGAUGAUGUUGCUCGUGAAGAUGAUUGUGAUGGUGAAGCUAGUGUUGCACGUUCUUCAAGUCAAGAACUUGUUCGUGGCGGUGGAAAGGGCCGCGAAAAAGGACGGUUGAGAGGAAAUAGUCAAGGUCAAAAAAGAAAGCGUCUUGAUAAAGGAAAGGGAAAAAUGCACUUGAUCGAUGAAGAUGAAGAAUUGUAUGGUGAUGAUACUGAUUUCGAUUUUGACCUUGAUAAGGAUGAGGAUGAAGGAAACGUUGGUGGUUAUGAUCCUUAUUUUAGACCACUAGAUAGUGAUGAUUCGAUUUUUCAAUCAUCAAUCUAAUAUGUUUAGGAUUAUUUUUUGCUAUUAUUCAGGAUUAUUUUUUGCUAUUAUUCAGGAUUAUUUUUCCUAAGAUUUGUUUUGAUAUUGCAUUUGAUUUGUUUUGAUAUUGCACUUGAUUUGUUUUGAUAUUGCAUUUGUUGUUUUCUAUUGAAUAAUGUUUUUUGAUAUAUACAUAUACAUAUAUAUAUAUAUACAUUUAUUUGUUUAAUUAUAUUUACGACUUUACGCCUCAGCUAUACGCCUCAUUGCGCAAUGAGGUUUACGCAAUAUGCAAUUCUAAAAAACCGCCAUGAUUACGCAAUAUGCAAUUACGAACAUUGACAUACAUACCCCUGAACUUUUAAAAAAAUGAAAAAAUACCUCUCAUGUUCUUAUCGAGGAGCAAAUUUACCAUUAUUGACUUUAAAUAUUAAUUGAUAAAAUAAAUUUCAAAAAACACCAAAAAUAAAUUACAAAAUCAAAUUUUAAAAUUAAAAAAAUUUAAAAUGUACUUGUGUCCAAUUCUCCCUUUUAUUGUUUUUAUAUCACAAUUUAAUGUUUUUAGUAUAAAAUAUUGUUUCAAAACUUUACUAUAUAUUUAGAUUCUUUCAAAAAAGUGUUAAAAUAUGUGUUUCAAUGUAAAAAAAUAGCAUUCUUUGCACUACAAAUUACAUAUUUUGUAUGAAAAAUAGUGAAUUUAAUUUUAUUAAGGGUAAACAAAGUCAAAGAACGUUAUUUCAAAAAAUGUAACAAUGUGUUCAAAAUUUC